UGCACAGCCUCACACGAGUCUCACCCACACAAAACCAAUUAAGUCCGCGACGUUGGCAUGUGUGCGUGCAUGUCAGUGUAUCGGUGUAUCGGUGCCGUGGCUCAUCUGACUUCUGUCAUCGUGUAGUUCGAAUGCAAAAUGGUGGCAGAAGCGAAGAGGUGUGGCAAAUUAUUGUUUCGGCUCGAUAUUUUAUAGACUUUUCCUUAUGAUUAAUCUUAUAAACUUAGUUUAUAGCGAGUACAUAGUCCGGCGUAACUGUGAUGUGAGUUAGAUUUUAUAAAAUAGAACAUUUUAAUCAUAAUAUGUGCAAGUGCCAAACUAGUUUUAAAAUUAGUGACUUUCAUCAAUGUUGUCAACAAACGACUGAACUUGAAAACUAAUACAAUAAAUUAGAUAACAAAUCUAGAAAUUGUUUUUGUGUUAUGGCAGUUCGUAUGGAAACUGCCGCAACUAGAAAAUACAGCUACAAAAUGAUGGGAAGUAACACACCUCGGGCAGCUUACGCAGCGAGUCCGGGCGGCGCGUCCGCUCUAAAAGGAGGCGGUCGCGGUCCAACAGCCGCCGCCGCCGCCGCAAUGGCGACCGCCGCAACGGGCGCUCCGUACCGCACCGGCGCCGCGCCGUGGACGCCGCAACCGCCGCCUCCUUAUGCGGCAGCAGCUGCUGCUCCCGCAGCUACAGCCGCUCCACCGCAGCCAUACCGAUACACCGCCGCUAUGCCGCACCAUUACGCCGCACCUUACACUGGACAAACGCCGGUGGUGUUGGAAACAAAAGAAUGA